GCCUCCUGUGUCCGCACCCACCUCACUGCCGUCGCUGCCCCUUCGGCUCUCGGCCGCAUCCAUUCCGCAGAUGGACUCUGCUCUGCCUCCGCCGCCCGGGGACCCGCCGCCGCCAGAUUCCGCAGAUGAAUGCAUCCCACCAAAAAAGAGGGGCACUUGGCACAGCGAUCAGCAACCUGUGACCUUCAUUCCACCAAAGAAAAGGAGGAUUUGGCGGAAUGUCCAGCAUCCCGAAGUGUCGAAUAUUGAUUGGAUCAGUGCGAUGCCAGAUGACAUUUUGGUUAAAAUUCUUUCAUUAGUGACAAUAAGGGAGGCUGCAAUGACUGACUGUCUUUCCAGCAGAUGGAGACACCUGUGGGAAAACAUCCACCAGCUCAGCCUUAAGGCCCGUGCUUUUGGGAUGCAAGUGCUACCAAAUUCCAAUUAUCUUGAAAAUCCUGAUCUCUGGAAUUCAGAAGCUACAAAGUUCGUGCAUAAAGUAAAUGAGCUUCUGCGGCAUCAUAAUGGUAGUGGAGUCCAGGAAUUCAAAGUUCAGUUCCCAUUAACUUCAGCUCAUGCUCCUGACAUUAAUCGCUGGGUUGUGUUUGCUGUGACGUCUGGUGCCAAAAGCCUCAAACUUUUACUAUCCCUUUGUGACGUGCAUGGUAUGGUGGCCAUACAACAUGUAGAGCCCUACAGCUUCCCUUUGAAGCAUUUUACUGAUGUGGUAGGCUGCAAAUUGCACCGAUUGCACCUGUCAAAUUGCAGUAUAGAAACAGUGCAUGCAAACCUUAGUGGGUUUUCUUAUCUUUAUUGUCUUAAACUCGACUCUGUGGCUGUGGUUGAUGCAGUUGUUCUGAAUAUUAUGUCCAGUUGUUCUGCUCUCCGCCUCAUGGGUCUGAGGAAAUGCCAUCAGCUGAUUAAUUUGAGAGCUUCUCAUCCACAAUUGUUGUGCAUGGAAGUUUAUGACUGCAAGAGCUUAAUAAGUAUCAGUAUUCAUGCUGAGAAGCUCGUGGAUUUCUCAUACAAGGGUCAUAAGGUGGAUGUCCAGUAUGAAUAUGCGCCAGUUGUUCACAGUCUCAGUGCUCAUUUUGUGAAGAAGAAUGAAUGUCCUUUAGAGUGCAUAGGUGCACACUUUAAGCUCAGAAGUUUGACCUUGCAAUUUCCCUCACGUUUACAGGUACCCUGUGUGCUGCAAAAGGGUGAAAGAUUCGCUGGUCUUAAGGAAAUUGUGCUGUGUCUCUUGACAUCUUGGAAAGAGCGCAUCCAUUCGGUGGCUUAUCUCCUGAAAGCUGCCCCUGUUGUUGAAACAUUUAAGCUUGAGGUUUAUGGAAAUUUGCAACCGGUGAGUAAGUUGAAAGUUAAAUGGCCCAAGAAUUGUAUUCUUAGAGUGCUCCACACUGUCAAGCUCGGAGGGUUUAGUGGGGAAGCUGAGUUGUUGCGGCUCUUGUUCUUUCUGCUAAGGAGGUCACCAAUGCUUAAGGAUCUGCUAAUUGACCCACAUCCAUGCCACUACGUAGGCUUUGGCCGAUGGAAGAGGGAAAAGUCUGAAGAUGCCAUGAGGUGCUAUUAUGCGAGAGGGGUGGCUUUGAAACACCUGCCCCCCAAAAUUCCAUCUACUGUAAAGUUGAGCGUUAUGUGACUUGUCUGCAGCAUGCUUGCACAAAGGGAUGUUGCUGAUUAUCGCUGGGUAGGGGGGAAAAGUACUGCUGAAAUUUGGUGUUACAACGAGUUGGGGUGUUAAUGUUCCACGGGGUUGCUGUUUGCACCCAGGUGUAUUAACAAAUUCAAGUAUCCAUCGACGACGCGCGCGGGAAGUCUAGCUUCGGUGACGGCUCCCCCUUCUCCAUCCCCAAACAACGUGGAUCUGGCUUCCCUCGACGGCAGUGGUAGUGGUGACAUUGGAUUGGUGGGCCCGUCGAUGGGCUCGCUGGAUUUUUUUGGUUUUUUUUAUUUUAUUAACCGAAGCGGACAAACAAAAUGCCUUAGAUUUAUUGUGACCUUUGGUCCGAGGCGUUUUGUUUAAUCUAAAAUGUCUGCCAUAGUUAAAAUUAUUGUAGUAGUGAUUUGAUCGUGUUUUGGAUUU